UCGAUAUUUUGAACAUUCGACGUUUUUAGCAUUCGAUGUUUUUAGCAUUCGACCAGUUAACGAUUCGACUACUUGGUAUUCGACCAUUUGAACAUUCGACCAUUUGUCGUUUAGGGGAAAAUCAUGCGUCUCGUAGAAUCAGUAGAAUGUUUAUCAACAUAUAUAACCUGUAAAAUCCUUUCAAUUACUUUUUACAAAAACUGUAUAAAAAAUAGAACUAAUGGGUUUUGUACGACUAUUAUUUCACAGUAAGAAAAAUGUCAUAUGCAAUUUAAUACGCAAGAAAACGAAUCAUGCUUUUAGUGAGAAAAUUAAUAAUUUAGAGGUUAAAAGUGUUAAAAAUAAAGUUACAAUUAGUAAAAAGACUAUUGCAGCUUUGGAAAGAGUUUCUCUCGUUGAUUUUGACAACGAAGGAGGCAUUGAAGCCUUGGAGGCAGCAAUUGAUUUUGUAGAACCUUUGAAGCAAUUGAAAAUAGAUUCAUCCGUUGAGCCAUUGUACAGUGUUCUUGAAAAUGAAAGUCUCUAUUUAAGAGAAGACAUAAAUUCCAAUACUAAUACUCGUGAGAAAAUUCUAGCCCACGCUCAGCUUUUGGACGAAGAGUACUUUGUAGCGCCACCAGGUAAUGUACCACGAAAAACAUGA